GUUUCAGAGACCGGCUGAAACCGGACACGGUAAGUUCUUGUAUCAUUUCAAAGCUCAGAUCUCAGGGUGGGUGACGAGCCGCCAAGUUUGCAAUGUCAUGAGAUGUUAAACGGCUUUGGGGCAAAAAGCUUGUUGCCGGUCCCUUGGAGCUUACGGAUCGGCUACCAAAGCCACUCCACAGGCAACCCAUAUAUUCUGUUGGUGCACUUUGACCUAUGAUGCAGCUAUUGCGCGAUACAAUGAAAAUUCGACUGUUCCUCCUGCUGCUCGCGUCUCUCCAAGGAGCGUACGCAGUGAACUUUACAGAUUGUUUUAUCAACUUCAGAAAUCAUGCGAAUCAGACACUCAAUGCGUCUGGAUUAGUGGAUGCCCAUGGCGGAAAUAUAGCAAACACGUCGUCGGAGAUAUCAAAUGCAGUUGCAUUCACCUAUGACGCGUGUCUUUCGCAGUGUGGUUCUGGAAUACAGAAGCCCACUUGGGCAAACAUUUCGCAGCAGUUCAGCGCCUGGCUACUACCCUACCUUGCGCUCAUUUCUCAGUUACCUUUCGGUGCAAGACACAGAGUUGACAACCUUAUGUCGGCCGUCCUCACAGUCGGUUCACCGGUGCUCGCCGGUUACUCGAUGAUUCUCACCAUUCUCAACGCUAGGUGGAUCAGUCGUCGGUUUGAGACUGUGUCCUUCCCCAAUGCUAGAGACGCUGCCCGGAUCCUUAUUAGCCUUCAACAAACUCCACUGAAAAUAACGAAUGAAGACUCGCUACUCAGUUCCCUCGUUGUCCUGCCGGAGAAUGAUGACUGGUGGCCGACAAUCGCCGACUUUCUCGACUACACUCUCACCUGGUCCAUCGCAUCUGCUACAUCCAUUGCUUGGGUCGUCGUUGCAUACAUAUUGACUGUCGUUGGCUCACUAUCGGACGUUAACGCCAAUCUCAACACCAACGGUCAAGGGACGGGGUCGGUUUGGUUGUGGCUUAUACCAAUCGUUAUAGGUUGGCUGCAGUUGUCCCCAAAGUGCGACUAUGUACGCAUUAAACGGGCCAUGGACAACGCAGAUGCAAUGGCAUUUGUAGCUACCCAUAAUGGAGUCAAAAAGGCGUCAGCCCUUUCCGAAAGACGGGCAAUAUCUAUUGAUUCCACAUUAGAACAGCCUUCGUCUCCUGACGAAGAUUCAUCCCCACCCGUCUACAACUAUGCCAGGGCCAUUCCGUGGUCUCGGUCCGCGGAGGAUGUCUUCGAUGCUUUCAGAAUGGCCUCCAACAAUUUCAGAGCGCAUAGACCUGUCAGGACGGGUGAUACAUGGAAGAACGCAGACAGGAGGAAUAUUAUUGAGCCCUGCAACAGGUCUGGAAACCCGUCCGAAGUCAAUGCUUAUUGCAGACUUCCUCGAUACGCAGCACCUCGAUACGGAGUACGGAACCCCUGGGCAUCAGGGAUAUUCUUCCGUAUGUUCGUAGCGUCGCUCCUACCCUUAGCUUUGCAGUGGGCAACAACUGGAGCUGCAGUGCUGGUGGUGUAUUUUACUCCAACUGUGGGCCUUGGUUGCAGAUCUCUUGGUUACAUCAUCUACGGCGCACUGGCUACGAUGGUGUGGGCGAUGCUCAUCAUGUCGAGCAUCAUCUCACACUAUACAUAUUCAUACUCGGGUAGAUCCAGCUGGAGUCCCUUCUUUUCUAUCGCUAUGCGUCUCGCAAAGAUCCUAUCGAACCUUUUGAGGCGGGGUGGGAAAUUCGUGGCAAUCGUCAAUUCAAUCUGGGUUGUCACUGGCGCUAUGCUACAGUUUACAGAUGUCUACGAUAAUUGUUACUGCAACUCGAGCGUGUUGGGUAGAGGGGCCCAGUAUGGAUAUGACAUCGUUAUAACCGCUAAUUUAGACUUAGGUUUAACAAAAGCUGCUUGGUGGGGCGCAUUGGCUUUGGCUUGCUCUACUUCCUUAGGAUUUAUUUUUUUGAUGAGUUUGUUGACUGACCGUGUACCUACCUGA